ACUCGUGCUCGUACGAUUACCAGACCAAAAUCAAGACAUCAAAUUCAUCCAAACAGUCCACGAAAUUUCUGCCGUUGUAUCUUACGUUUAGACCAGAUUUCAAAGCAAGUUUUCUUCUCCCAAGCAAUUUGGAACCAUGGGUACCCCUGAGCAGACCAACAAGCUCUCCAACCUCUUCCUUGACCAGCCGUUGUCGGAGCACGGCAAGCGCUGGGACGGCCUGUGGAAGGAGGAUUACACGCCGUGGGAUAGAGCCGGGCCUAGCAUGGCUCUUUAUGACGUGCUGACAGGUCGCCCAGACCUCGUCCCUCCUCCCACCGGCGGGCAGAAGAAGAGAGCUUUGGUGCCGGGGUGCGGGAGGGGCUACGACGUUUUGCUGCUUUCCAGGCUGGGAUAUGACGUUUGGGGUCUCGACUAUUCCGAGGAGGCUACCAAGCAGUCGAUCAUCUACGAGAAAAAGGUUGAACAAGGGGACGACGGUACCUAUGCCGAGUUGGAGAGGGAAGGAGUUAAGAAGGGAAAGGUCACAUGGCUCACCGGUGAUUUCUUUUCUGAUGAAUGGGUGAACAAGGCCGGCGUGCAACAAUUCGACCUCACCUACGAUUACACCUUUCUAUGCGCCCUUCCCAUCUCGGCCAGACCCGCAUGGGCACGAAGGAUGGCAGACCUCCUCGCUCACGAGGGCCGACUGGUUUGCCUUCAAUGGCCAACCGCGAAGCCGUGGUCCGGGGGAGGUCCUCCAUGGGGUGUCUUGCCUGAACACUACAUUGCCCAGCUCGCUCGGCCUGGUGAAAAGGUUGAAUACGAAUCUGAUGGCAAGAUCCCGGCGCAGGCAAUGCCCAAGGUUGUCGAACAGGGUGGUUUGCGAAGAUUGGAACUAGUCGUGCCAUCUCGCACCCACAAUUCUGGUAUUGCCGACGGAGUCUUGCACGAUCGCAUUGCUGUCUUUGCUCAUUGAUUACCGCCACCCGGCUGAGAAGUGGCGGCCUGGACUUUUGCGCAACAAUACUUUGAGCAGGGAACAUUCCGUAACUUUCAAAAUUCCGCUCGUACAGUGCUCGCAGCGUGAAAUAGGGCUCAUUGUUUGCGGCCG